AUGCCAUGUUCUUUGUAUUGUUGCAUUUACCGCUGUUGUUGUUGUCAGUGUAAGAGAAAUAUUGGCGGGACGGAGAACGGUAUUGGUAAUAGUGCUGGAAAUAAAUCUACUGGUGGACAAUGGGAUACGUAUUUAGAUUCACGAUAUGAUACAUUAACAGGUUCACUUAUUAUUGCAUGGGAAGAAAGUGAUACAUGUUUCGAAUAUAUUCAUCGAUCAGUUCAUAUUUUAAGUAUCAGUAUUCCUAUUAUUCUCACCGAAGCAAUAUUGGUGCUUACCUUUUGUUUAAUGUUUAUAUUUGGAUGUAAAUAUUCAAAUGAAUGUCCAAAACAACCAUUACUUAUUAUAUAUCAUCUGAUUGGUGGUGGUGUUGGCUUCUUUUUUUGGUUAUGGUUAAUGCUACGAGCAUUACGUCGAAGACGAUUAGAAUCAGGUCUUGAAGAUGAUGAUGAUAUUGAUUAUGAUGCAAAUGUAGCAGAUAGUUCAGGUGGACAAAGGCUUAAAGAUAAUGGCAUAUGGUUUAUGGAAUUAUUAGCAUUUAUUUUUCUUCUUAUUGCUUUUUCUAUGGGAAAUUAUUGGACAUGGUCCAUUUUUUGGCCAGCAGAAGAUAUGACUGAAACACAGCCUAUUGAUUGUUUUAUUUUAGAUCUCGUAAAAAAAGUCUAUCGAGUCACUAUGAAACUCGAAAUUUGCAAUUACAGUGGAUAUAAAAUCUAUCCAGGCCAUGGAAAACGUGCUGUUAAAACAGACGGCAAGAUACAUAUCUAUUUAAAUUCGAAAUGUCAACGAGCGGCUGAUAUGCGUCGAAAUCCUCGUCGUGUUACAUGGACUGUUUAUUAUCGACGAAAACACAGAAAAGGUGCAGCUGAACAAGAAGUCAAAAAACGUACACGUCGUAAUAUUAAAUUUCAACGAGCUAUCACCGGUGUUACAUGGAACGAGAUCCUUGCUAAACGUAACCAACAACCAGAAUUUCGAAAGGCUCAACGACAAGAUGCCAUCAAUGCAGCUAAACAAGCUAAAAAGGCUAAAGCUCAACAAAAGAAAGUUGCAGCACCAUCUAGUCUUAAGGCUAGUAAACCAGUGAAAAAACAACAAGAAAAGAUUCAAAAGAACGUUCCAAAGGCUGGCCCAAAGAAGGGCACUCAACGAUAA